AUGGUUCGUUUUUUGCCACUGGAUCAGGUCUACGACUGUACGUCUCAGUGUAAGGAGUCUCUGUCAAGCUGGAUUUAAGCCUGAAAGCCUCAAAAGCAAAGCCUUUAUUUUGAAUCCGCUAUUGCGCUGGGGCAAUGGAUGUUCUGCAGUUUUCUUCUGUAAACAACAGCGAUACGGAGUGCCAAUUUUCAUAGUUCUCGUGCUUUAAAAAAGCUCUCUCAAUCUUCUAGUUUUUUAAUGUCUUAUUGUUAGGAAGUCAAGACCAUUGCUACUGAACACUGAUACUUUGAGUCCUUAUCACCAUUUCUUUUGUUGUUAAAAAUAAUGCAAUCUUUUUUUUUGUCUCCUGGCUUUUAACUCUUCGAGUUUUCUCAAAAAUAAACUUGCCAUUUUAUGCCAUUUCAGAUCUCAUUCAAAUGCCCAAGCUAUGACCAAUAAGCUAGCUAGAUGUCAAAACAUUCUAUCAUCGCUAAUUUUAGUUUCUGUUGUAGCAACUUUUAUAAUUGGAGGGUUUAUUUAUUAUGAUACGCUAAAUUUCGACAAUGACAGUAAGAAGGUGGAGACUUCAACUACAACAACUACUGGUUCAACUUCACUGACGAGUAAAACUACAGCUAAGGUUUCAACAACAACUAAUGGUAGGUAAACAAAGAUCAAAAUCAAAGUUUAUUUUAGAUGGCCUCCAUUUGCACCCAUCGCUAAUUGUCGAUCGAAUUUCUGAACCCGAAAAAUUCGAGGCUUAUUCCGUUAUCUCCAGCCAUAUCAAACGAUCGCUAGAUACGAAGUUUAGUGUUUGUGACGAAUUUUAUCAGUAUGUUAAUAGCAGAAGAGGAAGUUCUUUGGAUAUCUUUGAGGAACUGAAACAAGAAGUUGUUGGAGAGCUGAUUCGAGCACUGGAACACCCAGUCGUGAGUUUUUAGAUUACAAUACAAGUCAAGAACUAUAGCAGAAGAAGAACAAGCACAGAGUUGCAGGCAGAGAUUGCCACGGCUCCGGAGCCGGCUCUUGGCUCCGGCUCGGAGCGGCUCCGGCUCCAAGCCGGGAGCCAGAGCCGGAGCCGGUAAUUUUGGGUGCGGCUCCGGCUCCCGAGCCCAAAGUCGGAGCCAGGCUUCUCAGCGUUCAGAAAAGUAAAAAAAAUGUUAAACCAAAUAGCUUGAAAAAUACUCAGAAGGAUGUUUUGCAUACGACUUGGCUGCAAAAACGUUAACUGUAUAAUCUCUCUGGCACUAAUAACUUUUUAUUUGUAAAAAUAUAUUUUUAAAUUUUUCAUGGGAGCCGGGAGCCGGAGCUGCAAAUUUGGCCUCGGCUCCGGCUCUGGGAGCUAAGAGCCGGAGCCGGAGCCAAAAUUUUGACCGUGGCAAUCUCUGGUUGCAGAUUCAUUACAUGAGCCCUGUAUACGCAUUGAAAAUGAAUAGUUACGUAACAAAUAUGUGCAUAGUAAAAAUGCGAACUAGAAGUUCUCACUCGAACUCUUGUCAAACCCCAACAACACUAUAGCAAUCUUUUACUAGCCUUUUGCUGAAUUCUUACCGGCUUGUGCUGGUCUUAUACAGUGGGGGAUCCAUUGGCCAUAAACGUACCAUUUUGCAUCCGGGAAGUAUCAAAAAUGUGACAAAAUGCUUCCCUCUCCAAGUGAAAAAACUCCGGUUUCAGCCGCUCUUUUCGUGAGGGAAAGGGAGCAUUUUGCCACAUUUUUGGUACUUCCCGGAUGCAAAAUGGUACAUUUUUUAUCACUAGAUCAGGUGUCCUGCAGUACAUAGGACACAAGUGACAGUUUUAAGCCAAAAUUAACGUCAUUAAAAACCCGUCUAUCUGUCGGGAAAAUAGUAGGCUCAACGUGGCUUCGGCGAUCAUGUCGCUGAAUAGGAAAUCAAUUUUGCCGCGACACAAUUCAUUUUCUCGGCGGCUAUGCGAUUUUCGAAGCUACAGUGUGCUCAUUAUUUUCUCGGCAGGCUGAUAAAACACUGUUUCAUAUGGGUGUCCUAACGACAAUGAAUUUUCAAAAUUUCAGAAGCUGAAUGUCCUCGAAAAAGCGAAAAUCUACUACAACAAAUGCAGUGAAGCCGAGAAGAAUCCGGAAAUCAUUCAUCAGAAUGGCAAGGUUCUUCAGCAGAUCUACAAAACCGUAGUUUCUGCCACACCUCUUCAAUUUGCCUUCCUAUCUAACGCUACGUUGGAAAAGCCAAGUCCCAGAGAACUCUCAGAAAUCAUUGGCUAUCUUCUUCGAGAAUACGACGUCAAUGUCUUCCUCAAACUAUCGAUAAAAACAAAUUGGAAAAACCCGACCGGGCUGUUUGGCCACAAGGGAUAUCGAGUGUUCCUGGAGCAGCCGGAGUUGAAAUUCGCAAAAGAUAAAGAUGAAAAUAAGUGGGAUGAAGGGAAGAAAGAGUAUCAAAAACAAGUCAAAAGAUUGUUUGUUGAAUUCGCUAAAGUUUUGAACAAAACUGUAGAUGAAAGUGAGAUUGAAUUGGACGCUUGGAAUGUGAUCGAAUUGGAGAGAAGAAUUGCAUUUGAAGCCAGAAAUUUUGAUAGGAUCAGUAAAGAAAAGUAAGCGAGAUUUGUCGACUUUUCGGGUCGAUUUUCGAUCUGAAAAUCUCGGUUGUUUCUGCAAAGCGCAAGCUAGGAUACUCGCAUAUAUUUUCGUGCGGAAAAAAUUGAUUUUUUGCGGAAACCUUACCCUCUAUGGUAGAAAUAGGCAAGAAAUUUUUCGUGCCGAAAUUCGACAAAAAGUGUCAAAUUUUCGCCGACUUUCGAUCUAAAAAUCUCGGUUGUUUCUGCAAAGCGCCAGCUAGGAUUGUCGCAUAUAUUUUAAAAAAAAUUAUUCUACAUUUGUGCCAAAUUUUAUCCAUAUCUGAGUGUCGCAUUUGGGGCACUUCCCUUAUUAUAAUAGGCCUAUUAGUAACUUCCCUGUCAUUUUUUUAUAUGAUCAUUAAUUUCAGGCAGUUCAAUGUCUACACAAAACAAGGAGCAGCCGAAGAAUUUGCAUUUGACUUUACAACAUAUUUCGAUGAGUUAUCUAAGCAGCUAAACACUGACAUAAAAGAAAAUCUUCAAGGAAAUGAGCUGGAAUUCAUCAUAACUGACCCAUCAUUUCUGCAAAAAGUGGAAGCCCUAAUAUCCUCCCGACAAACUUCAAGCAGAACAAUUUACAAUUACAUUGUUUGGAAGCUUCUGGAGAACCUAGAAGUAUACUUUCCGCAGGAAAAAAGAGAGAUUUCCGUCAAUGCUCUUGAAGAUUUCAACUCCAAAUGUGCAGAAAAAGCCGCCGAAAACUUGAACGACCUGGCUGCAAGGAUCUAUUUAGAUUACAAAUUUAUUUAUCCGAAGAAGUUAGAAGAGUUAAAAAAUGAGAUUGGAAGCGUUGUUGAGCAAGUUGUCGCGGGUUUUCAGGUGAGAUUUUUGCGUUGUGACUCUUGUGGGCAGCUGACUUUCACCGAUUAGAAUACCAAUUCUUCUACAGUAAUCUGCGUAUUAUGAUAGAAAGUUUGUAUUGGCAACUCCCUGGUACUGAAAAGUAGACGAAUAUAUUGAGUUCAUCCACCGCUUUCAAAGUUAUGGGAGUUUGUUUACAAACUUUCUGAACCUUUAAAAAUGACUGGUUGAAUUUAUGGUAACUAUUCAAGCCGCAUAUACAUGGUAGGCCAAAAAAUGGACAUGUAUUUUUAUUCGACUUUUUCAUAGUUUGUGAAAAACAAAAAUUAUAAAUGGACUUUUAAAAUCGCUGUAAGUUUUGUUGUUUUCAAUAAAACUGUGCCAUAUUUCAUAUGGGGGCCUAAUAUCAAAAGUUACGGCUAUUUUGGGAGUGCAUUCAUAGCAAUUUUGUCGAGCAGUGUAUAUGGCAUGAAAAUCCUGUAUUAAUUGAACAUACUUACUGUGGAACUUUUUGUCAACAAUGGUUGUGAUAAAGCAGGACAUUUGACAAUUAUAAAACUAUUUUUCUUUCCAUCGGUUACGGUAUUCGCGCCGAGAUACACCGACUGUUAAUUUUGUCCAUUUUUUGGCCCACCCUGUACACCUGGAAGUUUAAUUCGUGACAUCUGACCGACAAAUCAAUCGGUAGAAUUAAGUAUUUUUUCCUGUUGUAAGGAAAUGUUGGCUGGUUUCCAAACACGCCCGCAGAAUCUCCGUGGUUCUUCUAGCUGCCCGCAAAGAGGCUGCCCACAAGUGCAGGCCCGUCUAGAUUUGAUAUUAGCCCUUGUAACUUCGAUUUGCAUAUGUUUCCAGAUGCAAAUAGACAAGCUCGGUUGGAUGGCUGAAUCGACAAAAGAAAAAAUCAGCAAGAAAUUGAGAUUCAUGGCUAGAAAUUUGCUGCUCAAUGACAAGAUUAACAUUGAUCAAUAUUUGAUCGAUAAAUUUGAUGACCUUCAAAUUUCAAGUAAGCUCACAUCCAAAUACAUAUCCAUGUGUAUAACAGUUUUUUCUAAAAUUAUUGUCCUUCAGAUUCUCUUGAUUACAAUCAAAUCACAAAAAAUAUCAACACCUUCAAUUUUCAACAAAAUUUUAACAAGCUACUGCUUGGCUCGACCGAGCGGGAUGAGUUUUUACAUCCGAUAACCUCCUUAAAUCCCUCUUAUGACUAUGAAUUUAACUCGAUUACAAUUCCCCUUGGCCUGAUUAGACGGCCAAUCUACGACAAAGACUUCCCGACGUCUGUAAAGUUUGCAAAUUUUGGAUUUUUGAUAGCCAAAGCUUUGAUGAAGACCGUUGAUGACGAAGGAGCUCAGUGGGAUGAAAUUGGGAAAUUAGAGAAUUGGAUGGAUGAGAAAUCGAUUGAUGGGAAAGCUGUGAUGGAGGAAUGUCUUGCAAACAAGACAAAAAUCAGCAAUGAGAUAGUGAUAAAGAGAGUGGUAGAGAAUGGAGGAGGUAAGCUGACUUUAAUUUGAAGAGUUUUUAAAAUAUUUUUAAAAAGCGUAGUGAUUUUUUAUCCUUUUAUUUGUUAUUCCAAGUUGCUGAACGCCCAGAAAUAUAAAAAAAUAUCACUGGAGAUCUUGUUCGAUCAUGUCUCCUUCUCUAUUUAUUCUGCUAACAAAAGUUUUCGAAAUUAACCAGCCAACGUGCCACAAAAACGGAGCUAUAGGAAGAAUGAUUAAUAUGUAGAUGAACUCUCAAUAUCUUCCCAAAAUAUUAACAAGAAGUCAAUAAGAGCGCUGCAAGUCUUUAGAAACGGCUAUAACUAUAGCACUCGUCAAAGAGCAAGCGUUGAAGCUUCAAAAUUAAACCACAGUGACGGACCUGAUCCAGUGGCAAAAAACGUUCCAUUUUACAUCCGGGGAGUAUCAAAAAAUGUAGCCAAAUACCUCCCUCUGCAAGUGAAAAAACUCUGAUUUCAAAGGCACGUCCGUUCUUUUUGUAAGGGACCUUCAAAACGGAGUUUUUCUAGCUGGAGUGGGAGGCAUUUUGCCACAUUUUUUAAUGCUUCCCGGAUGCAAAAUAGUAUGUUUUUUGCCACUGGAACAGGCCCUAACUGUAAUAACACAAUGUCUUCCUUGUUUCAGCAAUCAAAGCGGCGUAUAACGCCUAUGAGGCCCAUGCUGAUUUACACGGUCAGGACAAGCUCUUCCCGGACAAGCAGUUUUCCCAACUCACUCAUGAUCAAGUAUUCUUCAUAUCCUAUACCAAUAUUCACACCGAAAACGACGAGUCAGCCGAGGGAGUCCUUCAAAAUUUCGCAGCUUUCAAAUCCGCUUUCUACUGCCCAGCGGAGUCGAAAUACGCGCCAAAAGAACACUGCCGCAUCUGGGAUUCGGAGGCGAAAGCAGGUACGUGAAAAUUUUGCUUACAGUUUUGCUACUGUAAGCAAAAAAACGAUGUUUUUUAAAACUAACUGCACAUUCUUUCAGUCAAAGGAAUUCCUCCAACACCCCCCGUGAAAUCGUCGUUGGAAAUUGGAAAUAAAGCCGUUGGAAACUCCACAGAAUAUGAACAAGUUGCAGAAUUCAUAUCUCAACGAAUGAGUGUUGAGUACUCGCCGUGCGAGAAUUUUUGUGAGUUUGCUUGCAGCAACGCAAAGGAUGUAGAUGUGGAUUUAAAGAGGAGCAUUAAAGAAAAUGUCAAGGAGAGAAUUAUCCAGUAUUUGGAGACUACUCAAUCAAAUGAUGAGGUAAAAUAGGAAUCAGAAAAUGUCCAAGAUGUUACUAUCAGGCUGUCGGGAAAAUAAUGUGGAUUUUUCCAAGAAAAAUGUCUUGCCUUGUCGCAGUCGCAUCGCGUCCCGACUCUUCGGGUUGCAACCGACUCGAACUGUCUGUCGCCAACCCGCGGGUUGACGACAGUUCGAGUCGUUGCAGGCAAACUCUCCCCCUUUUUGAACUCUCCCCCAAAAAAGCCCGAACUUCCCCUUUUUUUGAGCACGCCCCCAUUCUGAAAAUUGAGAAAAUUAGGUGUGACAUGUUAUACGAUGAAAAUUUUUUUCAAAUUUAAAAAAUUAGAUGUGACAUGUUAUACGAUGAAAUUUUUUUUUUCAAAUUAAAAAAUUAGAUGUGACAUAAAAAUUUUUUCAAAUUCAGAAAAAAUCCUUCGUAUAACAUGUCACACCCAAUUUUUUUCAGUUUUCAAGAGGGUCAUUUUUUUCUAUUUCGGGUUGCCGUGGAGUUCAUUCAAGGGGUGUGUUCAAAAAGGGAGAGAGUUCUGAUUGGGGAGAGUUCAGAAAAGGGGGAGAGUUCGGGCUCACUCGCGAUUCAUAGUGUCGCUGAACUCUUAUUGACCCAAAAAGUCGAAGCGCCAGUCGCGCACCAAAUCUCCAGCAGUCAGCUUUCGCAAAGCUACCAAAUCCAGGUUACUUUCCCGACGGGCCGCUGCAAUAGCCGAACAAUGCUUGAAAAAGCGUUUACCCUUUCCGAAAAGGUUUAGAAAACGUUUUUCAGAGAUUUGCCAAGAUCGGAAAAUCCUUCUUCCAAGCCUGCUCCGGUCAGCAUUUCAACGCGAGUCUCAUCAAAAUCUUCAUAGACAAAAUCGACGAGAAAUUUGGAAUCAAGUUUCCCCUCCUCAGCAAUGCCACCUAUGACAGUGCCACAUUGCCGGAGAUUGGAGAAUUUGGCCAUUUCCUCUCCUCAACAUACGACAUUCAUCCCUUCUUCAAGGUAGACGUCCAACCCAAUUUACGAAAGCAAUUCAAUACCAACCCUUAUCUACUGACUUACAACGGCUUUGAAUUGACUUUCCAACCACAGAUUUACGGCCAACUUGAAUGGCGCGAAAUCAAAGAAGAGUAUAUUGAAAUCUCAGUGAAAUUUCUUGGGAAAAUCGCUGACAUUGAUGCAAAUUCAGCUAAAAUCUCAAUUUUAAGAGCCAUCGAGAUUGAAGAGAAGCUAGCCGAGCUGCUGACUGCUUCCACUCAACGUCAUACCCAAGAUUCUGACUAUGAUAUCGUCUCUUUGCACGAUUUCCAUCACUUAUUUCCGUUCUUCAAAAUCAGCGGAUUCAUUCGUGGAAUCUACCAAAAUGAAGGAAAGAACAUCACAAAUUUUCUACAAUAUAUCCUGAAUCGUCAAAGCAAAGUGGCCAUCUACCAUAAGCCAAGGCAAAUUGAACGACAUUACGCAGUUUGCACAGCCUUCAAGCAGGAGAAAAAUGCGUUUUUGGACAGCAUUUUGCUGAGAAUCUUGUGGAAAUAUCAAUUUUUCUUUGAUGCAAAAGAAAUUCAGAUUUCAGAGAGGCUGAGAUCUUCGUUAUUUCAACCCCUAAUUAGUGGGAAUGAUGAGUCAGACAAGAGGAAGUCUUGUUUAUCCCUUUUAUCGCAUGUUUACCCGCCGAUCUUUGGAAAUCUCGCGGUAAAAGCGUUAUAUCCCAAAAAUGAUGAUUUUAAAAUCCGUCAAAAAGAAGUUGCAACAAUUGCCGAGUAUGUUCUGCAAUCUUUCGAAGACAUUUUUAAUCAACUGUCAUGGCUGUCAUUGAGCGAAAAGAAGGUCUUAACAUCGAAGAUUAAGGAAAUCUCAAGGAUUUAUGGAGCUCCAAAAUGGGUGUUAGAUGGCAAAAAACUCGAUUUGCUCUACAGUAAUUUAACCCACAUUCGGAAUGCUGAUAUUGCGACAAGAUGGCUGGAGGCGAAUGCUUUCAAACGGAUCAAAAUGUAUCAACGGCUAACGCAAGGCGGAGAGAUCCGGAGAGACGACUUUUUGUCAGCAUUCAGUAGCCAGAUUACCACGGAAUUCGAAGCCACAGUCGAUUAUGAUACUAAUUCGUUCUAUUUGCCCUUGCCUUUCCUUGAACGCGACCUUGUUCAUGAAGGGCAUCCAGCAAUUUGGAAAUUCGUGAUGAUUGGAGAUAAGAUUGGGAAAAUCUUGGGAAAACUAUUCGAUGAAAGUGGGCUGGAGAGGAAUGAACUUGGAAUGUUCAGUAAAUGGAUGAAGGCUGAGACAAGAAAAAGAGUGAAGGAGAUGGUGGAUGAAUUGGAGAAGGGGUAUGAAGUGAUUGGAGGUGGGAGAGGCUGGAAUAUCAAUGAGGAAUUAGCGGAGAAUGUUGGGUUAAAGGUAAUCGGCUCUUUGUUAUUAUAAUGCACAUGUACAGUGAUGGACCUGAUGCAGUGGCAAAGACGUACCAUUUUGCAUCCGGGAAGUAUCAAAAAUGUGGCAAAAUACUUCCUUCUCCAAGUGAAAAAUUUCAAAAGAUUUCAAAAGCGCGCCUGCUCUUUUUGUAAAGGAAGCCAUUUGAAACAAAGUUUUUUCACUUGGAAAGGGAUGCAUUUUACCACAUUUUUAUUACUUCCCGGAUGCAAAAUUAUACGUUUUUUGCCAACAGAUCAGGUCUCUCACUGUAUAUUAUUUCAGCUCUCCCUCCGUGGUCUCCAAAGUUAUUCCAAUUAUUUUGGAGAUGACCUUGCUUUGCCCAACAAGACCUUGUCCCAUCUUUCAUCUGAUCAACUCUACUUCCUAUUGCAUACUCAACAAUAUUGCCAAAAGAAUCGUAUUGAUACAUUCGCAACUCCCAACAACAUUAAAGUUCUUGGCCAUUUGAGGAACAGUGAGGAGUUCCGGACUGCAUAUCACUGCAAGGCUGAUAGCUUGUAUGCUCCAAAGAAUUUUGCUAAGGUAAAGGGAGAAAGAAUGGCUUAAAGAGGACCUGAUCCAUUGGCAAAAAACGUAUCAUUUUGUAUCCGGGAAGUAUUAAAAAUGUAGCAAAAUACCUCCCUCUCCAACUAAAAAAUCUCCGUUUUGAAGGGCGCGCUUUUGAAAUAGCGGGCAAAUUUUAACGGCCCAUAGCUUUUUAGAUAGUACGCUUACAAUGGGGGACCUGAUCCAGUGGAAAAAAACGUAAUUUUUUGCAUCUAGGAAGUAUUAAAAAAUGUUGCAAAAUGUCUUCCUCUCCAAGUAGCUCCGACUUCAAAAGCGCGCCCCUUCAAAACGGGUUUUUCGCUUGAAGAGGGAGGUAUUUUGAUACAUUUUUUAUGCUUCCCGGAUGCAAAAUGGUGCGCUUUUUGCCACCGGAUCAGGUCCGCCACUGUAUCCAUUCGUAUUCUCUCAUAUAGUUUUACUGACAAAUAAUUUUUAUUGAUUCUAGGUCUGGAAUUCUCCAGCCAAGACUUCAGUUGGCCUUCCUACAUACGAUAAGGCCCUACCCAAUCUUAACGUUCCCAGAAGAAAACCAAAUCACUCUAAAAAGUACUUGGAAUGCGCCAAGUAUUUCGAGGACAGCGUUGACAACUCCAUCGAUCCAUGCGAAGACUUCUACAGCUACACAUGCAACAAUUACAAUGGCAGAGACACCUUUACUGACCUUGAUUUGAAAAACACUUUGACGCUGGUGAAAUCGAUGAUAAUCGAUAUCAAAAAGGGCGACAACCAGGCUGUGAAGAAAGCCAAGACUUUCUACAAUAAAUGUCGAGAGGAUUACCAUAAAACAUACGAUGAUGUGGACGUCGCCAAGGCGGUUGUAACUGAAAUUGAAGAGGUUUUUGGCCACAAAUUUAGUCUGCAAUAUAACGACAGUAAAAAUGCUAUUGUAACUCCAGAAGAGCUGAGUUAUAUCAUUGGCUAUUUGAGCGGAAAAUAUGGCCAAGAUAUCGUUGUGAGCAGUAUGAUUUACACGAAUAGUCGGCAUCCAAACAAGGGAUAUUCGGUUUAUUUGGCGGCUGAGGAGUUUGAAGAAGAAAGCAAGCGUAAAAUCAGAGAGAUAGCCAAAGAGCUGAACGAGUACCUGCAAUAUAUUCGCAACGACAUUGACGAAAUUCAAGAGAACGUUUUGGAAAUGGCCACAGCUUUUGUCCAAAUUGAAGGCCAAUUUUUCGCAGCGGCUCGGAGAUCGCAAGAUUUGGAUAUGCGAAAUUUCAGCGACAUCUACUCACCGAUUACUGUAAAAAAAUUCGAGGAAAAAUAUGGAACUUCCUUCAAAGUUAAGUCGUGUCUCAAAGGCCUGGUCAAUUUGACGCCGGAGCUUGAGGAAAACAUCACUGAUGAUGAUUUUGAAUUGACCAUUGAAGACGAAACGGCUUUUAAAAAUGUGACAAAUGAAUUGACAGCUAUACUGCAGGAGCAUAACGAAUAUUUGGCGGAUUACAUAUUCUAUCGAACAAUUCAAAUGGCAAAUCAAGAAUUUUCGUUGGGAGUUACGAGAGCAAUGGAAGAGGGGCAAGAAGUUCCAAGGAAAAGAAGAAAAGGAUGGAAGAGGAAACUUCCGAAAUUCCCAGGUAAGCAGUAAUUUUACAGUCGGAUAUUCAAGCAGUUUGGUAUUGAUGUGAUCAAAAUUUGGUAGACCAGGGCUUGAGGGUUCUGAAACUGUGAUAGGAUCAAAAAAAGGAUAUGUCUUACUGUAAUAAAGGUUUAAAUCUUUUUUUGUCGAGUUCGAACCCUCCCCCAAACCGAACACUGCUGAUUUUUGAACACUCCCCUCUUUGAGUAAGCAGUCUGCUUUUUCAAAAACUCCUCCUUACGAUGGGGGACCUGAUCCAGUAGCAAAAAACAUAUAAUUUUGCAUCCGGGAAGUAUCAAAAAAUGUGGCAAAAUACCUCCCUUUCCAAUUCAAAAAACUCCGAUUUCAGCCGAUCUUUUUGUGAGGGAAACAGCUUCAAAACAAAGUUUUUUUCGCUUGGAGAGGGAAGCAUUUUGCCACAUUUUUGAUACUUCCCGGAUGUAAAAUGGCACAUUUUUUGCCACUGGAUCAAUCCCCCACUGUAAACAAUCCCCUUUUUCAAACACUUCGCCUCAUUUUGAAAAUUGAAAGAGUAAGGCGACAUGUUAUACGAUGAAAAAACUUUGAAAAUGAUUAAUUGAGUGUGACAUGUUAUACGAUGAAAAAAUCGUUCAACUAAAUCUCUAACUCUAAUCAUUACAGGCCAAGGCAUCCACUACCCAAAGAAAGACAUUGACAUUCUUUCCCAUCCUGAAGCUGUUGCGCUAGGACUAACUGCAGCCGAUUUGAAAUGUUUGCAACCAACCAAAGAGCUGUUCAACGAAGCCCUCAACCACAUAUUUGUCAAGACAAUACAUCCGAAUGAUACUGAGCGUGAUGAUAAAAGAAUGGAAGCCACCAAAAUUGUCGAUUCAACCCUACUUGGGUUCAGAAGCAUGCUGGAUCAAUUGAAUUGGAUGGAUGGGAAGAGCAAAGAGGUAGGGAGAUAACACAACUCAAGAUUUUUCAAAAGACAAAGAAUUGGCAGCAUAUCGCCCUUUAAAAAUUUGCUUCCAGGAGGCCUACAACAAGAUUGGUCAGCUCGUCAAAAACGUUGCAUAUCCCAAUAUCUCGGUCGAUGAAUCCAAGCUAGAAGCAUAUUACAAGGACCUAGAUAUAUCCUCAAUAACCGACUUCCGCGAAAUGAACAUCAAGUUGUUUGUUUUUAAUCAGCGAAAAAUAAUCGAUGAUUUGAAAAAGACUUCGUUCGAUCGCCUUGAUUUUGGCUCUGUCUUCGAUUUGAAUGCAUGGUAUCAGCAAGCAGCUAAUUCAAUCACUUUUCCUCUGUCCAUUCUGCAGGCCCCAUUCUUUGAUCCCGAAUGGCCUGCGGCGGUCAACUACGGUUCAAUUGGAAUGGUGGCUGGGCAUGAGCUCACUCAUGGGUUUGGUAAGUAUAAUAAUCAGCCGAUAGCUGUAAGAAAAGAGGCCAUUUUACAUGUUUUUUCAAGUAUUAUAAUCGACCGAUUUUCCCAGUUUUUGGCGUAAUUUACAUCUUCCUACAAAAAUAGUCAUCCGGUUUUUUGCCUUCUUGAAAAAAAGUGCAUGGUGCAUCAAAUGAUACGUUUUUUUGGGUAUAGUGUUAGAUUGUCCCACAGUUUUUCUUUCUGUGCCCAAUUUCAAGGUGUAGGCCCAGCACUUCCCGAGAACCAGGGGGAAAAGAAAGUCUUACGGCCAAUAUGCAUCAAAAAAUUGUAUUAGAGCAGGGAAGCUGAUCCAAUGACCAAAAAAAAGGAGUUUUUUGCAUCCAGGAAGCAUCAAAAAAUGUGGCAAAAUACCUCCCUCUCCAAGCGAAAGGGCCGUAUAAAACGAAGUUUUUCCCUUGGGGAGGGAGGCAUUUUGCCACAUUUUUUGAUACUUCCCGGAUGUAAAAUGGCACAUUUUUUGCCACUGGAUCAGGUUCGUCACUGUACUCGUAUAAUCUCCGCUUCUUUCAGACGAUCAAGGCAUCCAAUGGGAUGGAGAUGGCCGCCUUCAAAACUGGAUAUCCAACUCUUCGUUUCAAUCAUUCCGCAAAAUGGCUGAUUGUGUUGUGGACCAAUAUAGUCAAUUUUGCUAUGAUCAAAAUCAUUGCGUUAAUGGGACAAAUACCCAAGGCGAAAACAUCGCGGAUAAUGGAGGUAUUCAAGCCGCCUUCCGAGCUUUCAGAAACGAGCUGUCGUUAAAAGCAGAUGCUCAAAGUUUGCCCGGCGAGUUCGUUGGGAGAUUCACCGCUGAUCAGCUGUUUUUCUUGGCAUUUGGAAGAGUUUGGUGCGCAGCGCCGUUGAGCAAUCGUGAAAGGGAAAUGGUGCUAGGAGAUGUUCAUUCUCCAAGCAAUUUCCGUGUCCUGGGAGCGCUACGAAACUUCCCCGCCUUCAGAGACGCUUUUAAUUGUCCGUUGAAGAAAAAUCGAAGCCAGGAGAAGCAUUGCCAAGUCUGGAUAACGGAUGUGGAACCGAGUAAGUUUAGGAGCUAUACGCUUCAAAAAAAAUGAAUUUUUCCAGACCUCUCAACUCCGCCAACAACCACAACAGCCCCACCAAUCAACGUUCCUCAAAGAUCUCUAAUCCCUGCUAACAAUUCAGCGUAUAACGAAGCCUCGCAAGGAAUUCUCAAGUCUCUCGAUCUCCAACAAGACGUCUGCAACGACUUCCACGGCUAUGUCUGCAAUAAUUUCCAUACAAAAGACCUUACCCUUAAAGAAGAGGCCACAGAAAAUGUCGCCAAACAUAUUUUGAAGAAUCUGGAAGAUGACUCGAUCCAAUUUCCUCACAAAAAACUGAUCAACUUAUAUUACACUAGCUGUGUUGAAGAGAGGAGUGCGCAGAAUUCAAAGAAAAAAUCAGUUGAGAAACUGUUGGAAGGGCUGGAAAAGGUCACUGGCUCAAAGUACCCAGCCUUUGAGGAUUCGGAAAUUGAAAUUUCAGCUAUUUCUGAAGACUUUUUGGAGAAAUCAAUGGGAUUUUUGCAAGGUCAUCAUAAUAUUGGCUCUAUUUUUGAUACCAGAGUAGAAAGAAAUCUGGAGACCAGUAAGACAAAUCCAGUAUAUUUGCUGCAUGUUUUAGCGCCAAAACUUAUAUAUCAUCAUGAUGUAUAUAACAAUGACAGUGAUGAAGAUACGAGAAACCAGAUUAUUGGAGAGCAUCUUGAAUUGCUUGUGGAAUACUCAAAAAUCAUCGGAAAAACUCCAAAGAGUCUGGAAAAGCUGGCAAAAGAUGUUUACUACCUUGAACGACUUCUGGCUUCAAUGUAUAAGAACCACAGCCUAAGGCAAACACCGAAAUAUCAUCAAAAUUUGAUUACAUUACAAGAUCUGCAAACUGAGCUGAAAGGAAUUAAAUUUAACAAAUAUUUCGAAGUCAUGUUGGAGAAGAGCAGUGAGGAGAUUAGAAACAUGUUUUUGAAAGAUGAAGGACUUGUUGAAAAUAGAAUUGUGUCAACAUUUGGAGUAGAACACAUCAAGGAAAUGUUCAGAAAAAUCUAUGGAAACCAAGUGACAGAUGAAUCGUUGCUGAACUACUUCUACUUCAGACUGCUGUGGAGUCAAAGGUGGGGGUUUUUAGGAGAAUUGUUGGAUUUACUGUAGAAUUGUCUUAUAAGACUGAUACUUAAGCGCAAUACGGCGGUCAACUGUUAGGUAAAUUGCAUGUAAUGAAGCCAAUCUAGCAAUCUUACACCGCUCUUUUUUCCCGAUUUAAAAUCUGAGUCCCUCUGUUUGACACUCAAAACAAAUAUGAUAACCAAUCGAUAUGGGCAUGAAACUCAAACGACUAGGACAGAAAAACGCGGAGAAUUUAACGGUAUGAUAAAUAUUUUCCUACGCCUAAAGGUUUUCGCGGCAGGACCCAUGAAAGAAAGUUGUAGUUUUUAUCUGUCACCCUCUACAUGCAUGCUUGAGCACUACUUUGUGUAAGCGUGGACAUAGACGUCCAGGAGAAAAUCGUUUUCACGAGUUUUACGGUCAAACAUCUUCAGAGAUGUUGGACAUACGAAUAUACCAUGUUUUUUUUCAGAGAGCUUAUUCUCAACCUAAACUCCGAUGGUCUACCUCCAAACAAAGAUGAUAUCGAGAAUACCAAGCUCUCCUGCGCUUUGCAAACCCGUGAUAUCCCAAUCCUCACUUCUCGAGUGUUCCUGGAGAAGCAACAUGUUGUGUUUGAAGUAGUCAAAGACAAAGUUUUGAUUAUGACGUCAUCCCUCAUCAACACUCUUCAAGGACUUUUGGUAGAGAGUACAUGGAUGUCAGCGGUUGUAAAGGCUCGAAUCAUCAACAAAUUAGGUGCUCUACAAGUCAAUGUCAUCGCAGAUCAGAAAAUAUUCGAUAACGAGUAUUUGAGCCGCUAUUUCGAAGGUUUGGGUUAUAAGGACGACAUGACAUCAAGUGAAUUAAAGUUGGCUGUAGAAGAAUUUUUCAUAGCCAAAGGGUAUCAAAUUUUGAAUUUCACUUCCCCAUUCCAGAUGACAGAAUUUGAAGCCACAACGGUGAGUUUUGAAACUGAAAAAUACAGUAGAUUUUAUGUUCAAUACAGUGAUGGACCUGAUCCAUUGGCAAAAAACGUAUAAUUUUGCACCCGGGAAGUAUCAAAAAUGUGGCAAAAUACCUCCCACUAAAAUAAAAAACUCCGUUUUGAAAUGCGUGCCCUUUCCGUCACAAAAAGAGCGGGCGCGCUUUUGAAAUCUGAGUUUUUUUCACUUGGAGAGGGAGGUAUUUUGCUGCAUUUUUGCUACUUCCCGGAUCCAAAAUGACGCUUUUUUUGCCACUGGAUCUGGUCCCCCACUGUAGAAUCUUAAAGAUGAAAACCUUUGUUAUUUUAGCCAGAAAUCUCCUAUGACUACUCGAAGAACACCUUGAACAUUCCCGCGGCUGCCGUGCUUGCUCCAUUCUACAACCCGGAAUAUCCAUUUACCAUCAAUUUUGCUGCUCUUGGAGUCAAGAUUGCUGAGCAUUUGACACAUUCUUUCGGCAAGUUACACAUUGCUUUCAAGAAUCUUUUUUUUUAGAUUUAUACGGUGUUCAAAUUGAUCAGAAUGGUCGAUUCGUUGAGUUGGAUCAAGAAACGUCAUUGGGAUAUGGAAACUUGGGCAAAUGUUUUAAUAAACAAUAUGGAAUUGAUGCGAAUAAUGAAUUUUCUUCUGUUUUGGGGCAUAACGCAGGUAGGAAAUGGCUUCGGCAGAGCUUUGACGAACGCGAAGGCUUUCUUCUAACUUAUGUAUAUUAUAAAUGAGGUAUCCCAGGUGCGACGCUCAGACUUUGCUUAGAUUUUGCACACUGCACACACUUUGGGCAUAGACUAAAUAUCAAUUCCAUGAAAGUUUUAGCUCGCACUUUGCAGGCGCAGCCGAGAUAUUGAACCAUCUUUGCCGCCGAGAGAGUACACUAAAAGCGGAGAACGGUCAGAGAGAAAAACACUUUUUGCCCAUAACUUUGCUAGUUUCGUGCGGAAAAAAAUUAUUUUUUGUGGAAACAUUGCUCUCUGUGGUAGAAAUAGGCAUGAAACUUUUCGUUCCGAAAUCUGGCAAAAAGUGUCAAAUUUUCACCCACUUCUGAUCUAAAAAUCUCGGUUGUUUCUGCAAAGCGCGAGCAUUGAAUUCUCGCAUAUAUGUUAGACACAAUUACUCUAAAUUUGUGCCUAGUUUCAUCAAAAUCUGAGCGUGGCACUUAGGGUACUUCCCUUGUUAAUUUAUACUGCUAUUUUUAGCUAUCCACAUCGCUAAGCAAGCCCUUCAACUGGCUGAAGACUUCUCUGGCCAUUCUCCAUCUUUUGCUGACAAUAUUUUAAGGCAAUUUACUGAUGAUCAAGUUUUUUACAUCAAAUAUUCUGGCCAAUUUUGUGAUCAUCCCAAUGCCAAGAAUGAGCUGAAAAGAGGCUCAAACAAGGCUAAAUUACUCAAUAUUUUGCAAAAUGAUGCAGAGUUCGGAACGACAUUUAAUUGCCCAGCUAAUAGCAAAUAUGUCAGCGAAAAUCGUUGUGAAUUGUUUAGUAGUAAGUUGAGAUACUAUACUUUUUAUUUCAUAUUGUUUUUUGUGACGAUACUGACCUCCUUUCAGUAGCUAAAACAGAAAGUCAGGAUGUUUAUAUUGCCCCAGAACCCAAGGUAAUUUCCAAGCUCGACAAUAGCUAUGAGAAGUACGAGAAAAUUGUCAAGCAUCUCAAUGAGUCGUUGGAUAUCAAUGUUGAUCCAUGCAACGAUUUCUACAAGUACACGUGCGGAAAGCUAAACCCUGAUAGGAAGACAAGGGAGCAAGUGAACCUCCAGACUAAAAUUGAAGCCAUCAAAGCGAUCACCGGGGCUGAGGUAAGCUUCACAACUCCUCAUCAAUGGAUUUAUUUUCCCGUUUUCAACAUCAAGUCUAUCGAAAGCUCAAAAAAAUCCAACAUUUCUUGAUCAUUUUCAACCGCAAAAAAUGGUUUUUGUGGUAUAAGGGCCCUGCACGUCAAACUGAGAUAAGCUAAAACAGUCCGGUGAAUGGAUUGGCAAUUGCCAUAAAAAGAGGCGAAAAAACGUUUUGUCGGGGGAGAAAUGGGGAAUUUUUGGGGCGAGAGAGUAGUUUUGGCGCGCCUUUUCUCUGUGUUCUCUGUGAAAUCAAGACGAAGUGUCAAAAACCGAUAGCGAAGUGUCUAUUCCGGUCACCGGACUCCUCAGUUUGACGUGCCCUGCUUCAAAAGGUCGUAGCGAGCUCAGUUUGCACUUUAAAAUCUUCUUAUUUCAUAGACAAAAAUUAAUGUCACUUGAAAAUACAUAUUCCAAAAAUGAAAUCUCUGCGCCGCCUCGGCCAAAAGUUAUAGCCUCCGACUUUCAUUCAUGUUUCUUGAAAGACCCUGUAAAAUUUGACCCUGUAAAUUACCUUUUCAGAAAUCCCCGGCCCUCCGAAAGCUCCGCCAGUACUUUGAUCAAUGCGUGGACUUCCACAAAAACUUUGACGACAAGAUCAGAGACGGGACUGUCAUCAAAAACAAAGUUCAAGAAUUCAUAAAACAAAUCGGCAAUAGUCUCCGCAUCUCCAUGUACAGCAAGUCCAAGAUUCGCUUUAUCCCGCUCCAACACAAGAUCAUCUCCUAUCUUCAGCUGUUUGAAGACCUGCAGACCUUCGUUACAACCACCAUUGAGGUGGACAACCGAGUUGAUGGCGCUAGACCCGGAGUAAAUCCAAUGCUGUUGACAGUGGACGAGCCCACUUUGCUGUGGCCUAAAGGCGAUUACAUUCAUGGGUGGGGAGCAAGCAAGGCGAAAAAGUACAAAGAAGAAAUGCUCGAAGUCUUGGUGAAAUUCGGCAAGAUCUGGCCGAAUGCAAUUGUCGAUGAAGCCGAGCUGGGCAGUUACAUUGACACGUUUUUGUCCUUCGAAAGAAUGAUGACAAAACCAGCUUAUUAUACGCCUGAUAGAGAGGACUCCCAGCCCACAAUUUAUCCGUCUUCGCGGAUGAACAAGUUCAGCUUUCUCCAAUGGACAUUGUACACAAAUCAGCUGGUAACUUACACCGGACUUCCUCGACUGUCAGGCGCUAGAUACGCGGUGAAAUUCGAAAACACCUUGCUGAUGCUGAGCAACAAUAUCGGGCGGCUUAUGAAGAACGAUGACAGGGUCAACUACUUUUUCAUGCGGCUGUUAAUGAAGUACAAACAUCUGAUUCCUGGCGUAGAAUCUCCGAAAAUUAAUGCCGAAGAGGAAUGCGCUCGUCAAACGCAAAAAUUGUUCAAAUUCGCAAAUGGAAAAGUUUACAUCAACUAUGUAAGUGGUCGAAAAGACAGCACAGAUGUACUACCAAGUCUACAAAGGAUGUUCCAUAAUAUUCGGAGUGAAUUCCGCGGGACUAUCGAUGAAAUACGAUGGAUUUCCGAGGAAGACAGAAGAUUUAUGCAUAAAAAACUAUUGGAUUUGCAUGUAAAUUGGUUGUAUCCGAAUAUAGUCGGUGAUAUCAACAAGCUGGAUCAGUACUAUUCGAAAGUUAGUAUCGGAAAAGAUUACUUUGAAACUACCCAAAAUCUGAAUUUGGACAACUUCAGACAUCAAAUGGAAUAUUUGACAAAUGCAAAUUAUUUGGAGGAAUUUGAAAAUUCACCAAGCAAAAUAAAUGGUUGGAAUAGAGUAAGGAUACGGGAGGAUUUAGUGAAUUUUGAUUUCAGCCCGAAUACAACUCGUUGACAAUCCCGCAAGGUCUUGUUGAGCUUGCUGAUUUUGAUAAGGGCUUCCCGGCUUCGAUAAACUAUGGCAGAUUGGGAGUCCAAAUUGCAAGAGAGUUGUCGAAAGUCUUUGGUAAGUGAACGUUCUGGCCUUUUGAUAAGACGUUGCGUAAUGUUUUUACGAUGUUUCGGCCUUGACAGCUAUAAUCCUAGCAAAAAAUAUGGAAAACAAACCAAAAAAAAGAUUUCAGGAAACCGUUUGUAUUUACUAGGGAAGUACCCCAAGUGCGACGCUCAGAUUUUAAUGAAACUUGGCACAAAUUUAGAAUAAUUCUUUCUAAAAUAUAAGCGAGAAUCCUAGCUCGCGCUUUGCAGAAACCACCGAGAUUUUUAGGUCGAAAGUCAACGGAAAAUUUAUACUUUUUGUCGAAUUUCGGCACGAAAAGUUGCAUCCCUAUUUCUACCAUAAAGGUUAACGUUUCCACAAAAAAAUAAUUUUUUGCCGCUCGGAACAAGCAAAGUUAUGGCCAAAAAGUGUUUUUCUCACUGACCGCUCUCCGCGUUUAUCGAACUCUCUCGGCCGCAAAAAUCGUUCAAUAUCUCGGCUGCGCCUGCAAAGCGCGAGCUAAAACUUUCAUGAAUUGAUAUUUCGUCCAUACCCGAUGUGUGUGCAAAUUUUAACCAAAAUCUGAGCGUCGCACUUGGGGUACUUCCCUCGUUAGUGUGAAAACCAAAAAAAAUCAAGAAAGUUAUAGAGCCAUAGGUCACAUAAAAAAAAGUAGGCCUUUAUAAUAUUUUUUCAGAAAGGCCUUCUCUUCAGUGGGCUCAUGCCGUUCGAAACCUGACAUUAGUUACCAAAGCCUUUAAAGACAAAAUUGAUGAGAUGGAAAAGUGCCUUAUCGAUCAAUAUCCCAAAGAAAUUGAUGUCAGCGAUGUCAAAGCUGAUAACACAGGUAAUUCACAGCCAACUUCUUAUACUUUCCGAAAAACAAGUCAUCCCGUAUUUUACCUCUACCAUUGUUUUUUAAAACGCGUUUUGCCACACUUUGGAGUUUAGCCUAACAGAGGGCGGACAUUGUUAAAAUCGGUAUCUCAGAAUUUAAUCAAAAUCGGUCAACUUGAUCAUCAUGGCAGGUAAAAUAUUCGCUUUCUUUCUUUUUGCCCAAAAUUACCGUAUGACGGCAUACUGUAGCAUUUUAAAAAAAAGAAGAUAUGGCCUAAUCAAGAAAACGAAGCUUUAUUUUAGCACAAAUCGAGUUUAGGUGUAUGUUUUCGACCAUGUAGAACAUUUUUGUAAUUAUGGCCAAAAGCUCAGAAUUACAUCUAAGCAAUGUUUCGCUUGCGGUAACAUACCAUUUCGGGCAUAAAAUUGGCUACUGUAACCAGAUGCACUUUUAAAUACGGUAAAAGGAAACUUCAACCUUCAUCCAAUAACCCAUAAAAAUUUCAAAAAAAUCAAAUAUACAACUUUUGAGAAAAUGGGCAUUCAAUGUCUCAUGUACAAGGUCAUCUGGGCCCGAAAAAAUCUGGCAUUCUUGGGAUUCCAACGGGAUGCACUUUUUCAGAGUUUCUAAUACAUUCUGAGGCUGAUUAAAGAUGAUAUGGCAAGUUUCAGGAGAAAAAAAUAUACAACUUUCGAGAAAUUGACCAAAAUACCUUAUUUUAGGUCAUCAGAACGUCGAAAAAGUCUGGCAUUCUUGGGAUUCCAACGGGAUGCACUUUUUCAGAGUUUCUAAUACAUUCUGAGGCUGAUUAAAGAUUAUAUGGCAAGUUUCAGGAGAAAAAAAUAUACAACUUUCGAGAAAUUGACCAAAAUACCUUAUUUUAGGUCAUCAGAACCCCGAAAAAAACUGGCAUUUUUGGGACUCCAGGUUGUAGCACUUUUUGAUAGCCUCUAAUACAUUAUUAGCCUUGUAAACGAUGAUAAUGAAAAUUUCAGGCGAAAAAAUGCACAACUUUCGAGAAAAUGACCAAAAGACCUUAUUUUAGGUCAUCAGAACCCCGAAAAAACUGGCAUUCUUGGGAUUUGAGGUUGUAGCACUUUUCGAUAGCCUCUAAUCUUUAUUCGGCCUCAGAAUGUAUUAGAAACUCUGAAAAAGUGCAUCCCGUUGGAAUCCCAAGAAUGCCAGAUUUUUUCGACGUUCUGAUGACCUAAAAUAAGGUAUUUUGGUCAAUUUCUCGAAAGUUGUAUAUUUUUUCCUCCUGAAACUUGCCAUAUAAUCUUUAGUCAGCCUCAGAAUGUUUUAGAAACUCUGAAAAAGUGCAUCCCGUUGGAAUCCCAAGAAUGCCAGAUUUUUUCGGGCCCAGAUGACCUUGUACAUGAGACAUUGAAUGCCCAUUUUCUCAAAAGUUGUAUAUUUGAUUUUUUUGAAAUUUUUAUGGGUUAUUGGAUGAAGGUUGAAGUUUCUUUUUACCGUAUUUAAAAGUGCAUCUGGUUACAGUAGCCAAUUUUAUGCCCGAAAUGGUAUGUUACCGCAAGCGAAACAUUGCUUAGAUGUAAUUCUGAGCUUUUGGCCAUAAUUACAAAAAUGUUCUACAUGGUCGAAAACAUAAAGUGGUGGUUCGGUCUCACUAAAAUACCGCACCAUAUCUGCAGAAAAGGCAACUCUUUUCUCAGAAAGAAAGUUACAGUAAUCCACCAUAUAACGACUAUGGGCAAAAAAAAUCAAGCGAUUGCUCCAUACCGAUUGGUGAUUCGGUUAACCAAUUUUGGUUGAAUUCUGAGACAUCGACUCAACAAUGUCCGGGCCAAUCUACGAUUUGUAGUAAAACGCGUUUUAAAUCGUUUUAGGUAUUCACGUGGCCUAUCGAGCUUAUAACACUCAUAAGCAGUUGAAUGGGCCAGACCCGCAACUCCCCGAUUUACCGUACUCAAAAUACACUCAUGAUCAACUCUUCUUCCUGUCAUUUGCAACUUCCUACUGUGAUUAUGGAGAAGAAUCUUACAGUCGAUUGUCAACGUCCAUCAAGAAUUUCCCGGCCUUCAGAAGCGCUUUUAACUGUCCGGUUGACAGUUUGUAUACUCCAAAGGACAGAUGUAGAGUAUGGUUACCGGAUGAGAGUUAG